AUGUUGUCAGCUGCCUUAAAGUUUAAAAUUGUUUUUCCACCUUAUAAGAAAAGAGAGCCACACUACACUUAUGAACCAUCUCAAGAAGAUUGGGAAAAAGUUGAGAAGGUUUGUCAACUCUUAGAGGUUUUUAAUUUGGCCACUCAUGUCAUUUCUAGUAGUGAUUAUCCAACUACAAAUUUAUAUCUUCCUAAAGUUUGGAGGGUCAAACAAGUAGUUGAUAAAGCAGCUGAGGAUGAAGACUACUUUAUGAGAGAAAUGGCAGUAGCAAUGAAAGUUAAAUUUGAUAAAUAUUGGGGGGAAUGCAAUCUACUAAUAGCUAUUGCAAGUGUUUUGGAUCCCAGAUGCAAACUUUAUGUUGUCAAUUAUUGUUUUCCCUUGAUAUAUAAACCUGAAUAUGUGGCUAAAGAGAAUGUGGAUAUGGUGAUGACUUCAUUGGAGAUGCUUUAUGAAGAGUAUGUUCAAUUGAGCAAGGAAGAGACAUUUGCUAGCAUUAGUGGUGAAGUUGAUAAUAGUGGCAACAACUCUUCCUCCAAUGUCCCUAGUUCUGGCUUAGUUACUGGAUUUGACCAAAUUAUGAGUAUUGUUCGUGAAAAGCAAGCAAUUCCUCCAAUGAAAUAUGAGUUAGAAGUUUAUCUUGAGGAAGGUCUUUGUAUUCCUGAUUCUAUUACCAACUCUUUUAGUGCUUUGGAAUGGUGGAAAAAUAAUAGCUUGAAGUAUAAGAUUCUAUCAAAGAUGACUACUGACAUUCUACCUAUUCCAAUUUCAACAGUUGCAUCAGAGUCCACAUUUAGUGCUGGAGGAAGAGUAAUUGAUGAAUUUCGUUUAAGAUUGAAUGAAGAAUCCAUUGCAGCACUCGUUUGUGGUGGGGAUUGGCUUCACAACAAGUAUAAUUUGGAGAAAAUACAAAAGGUAUAA